CUGUUCGACGUUGACCGUGGCAACGCAGUGAAUUUUCGCGGCCUCGACGAUAGGCAGAAAAAGCGGUCUACAAGAGUCUCCGCUCUGUUGAGACUUUGCUUUGUGCCAGAUCCCUUUCUUUUCAGACGCCCCGUCGAAACUUUUAUCCGACCCUCACUCCAUCUCACAAAUACCGCGUACCCGCGCAUCAGACGACCGCAUAUCCAGACCUGUCUAGCACUGGCAACAGCCUUUCAAGCAAUAUGCCUACACGUCACGGCUUUACCGUGAAUGUGGCCUCGGUCGAUGGUGAACUGUUCACUGAAUACGGUGAUCAGAACAUCGGCACGCGCAACGCAAGUAGGAUGGUCUCUUGCAAGAUACGGGCCGUCGACGGGCAGAAGUUCUACAUCCAUAUCAAGUCUGAGUACCCUUUUCCGUACGAAGGUCAAUCCAACCCGGGUUUGUCCGAGGAGAAGUCUGGCGGAGGUCGUCGCAACGACGCUCGAUACAAUCUCAGACAACGCAAGGCCGCAAAUGGCGGUACCUCUGACGAAGACCGUAUGGAUUUGGAGCAAGAAACACCAGCGUACAUAUUCGCCUACUGGGUCUACAUCGAGGGCAAUGAGAAACCCGAAUGCGGUGGAUUUCUCAACGUCGACAACCCCCCUCAUAACCCGGCGAUCCUGAAAGGUCGUUACUCUGCACCGAAGGGUCGUACGGCCUCAAAGGUGGACAUUCAUGAGUGGCAGUUUUCUUCAAGGGGAAUCGACGUACUGCUUUCAAACAUGGACAUCGCAGCCGACGCCGAGGCUCCUGACAUGUUACAACAAGAAGUCGAAGAGGUUACGAAAGCUUUGGGCAAUCUUACACCCACGAAGACCCGCCGCUCGCCUGGUCAGAUUGAAGUUCGACUUGUCAGAAUUGUUGUCGUGGGCACACCCGCAAUUGCGAAACCUACCUGGCAGAGAGACGAAGACGAACACAAUAGCCCCAGCCAUGACAAUGAUGGCACGGAUUGCCACCCAAUCACGGUGGAUCGGAGACCUCAGUACACACAGAAACUCAUACCGACAACCUGGAGGCUUUACGACCUCAACGAGACAUGCUAUGCUCGAUUCACGUUCCAAGCCAUGGACCUCCCUAAGCUGGUACAGCUGAAUCUAGCUACUGCGGAUGGCAAGAAGCAGCAACGCUUGAAGGCUGCCGAGAAAGGGCUUACAACUCUCCAGGCAUCGAGUGGCACCCCAUUGAAGCAUCGCCUCAAGCACCACGAUCCUGAUGAGCAUGAAGAGAUCAAUGCAAAGGGCGGAGACAAGAAUUGGUCAAGUGAUGAGGACAGCGGCGAAAGUGACGACGAAGAUUCGUCAAGCGACGACGAACCUCGUGCGCACAAGCGUCGUGGAGGCAACAACAACCUCGCCGUGGCAAAGCUUAAGGCAGGUCGAUCGAAGGAACCCUCCCAAAACACUAGGAUGGCUGUCCAAGACUCGAAGAAGCUCGGCAUCACGGCGAAUGAAGACACGAAGAGUGACAAUAGCUGGAUGCAGAUGGUGCGAGCCCCAAAGAAUGAUGAGAAUGGAAAAGGGCACGCAGGCUUCGAUUUCCAAAUUGUGAAGUCGAAUGACAUGCCGGCUGAAGCGGAGCAGGGUGAAUUGCAAUUGGUGAAGACUGGACAGGGCAAAGCCAAGGAGGCUGAGAACGGACAUGGCAAGCUGGGACUUGUCAAGGUUGAUGAUGGAGAGAUUGAGCAACAUGGUGAAGAUCAGGUGAUUUGGUGAGACAGUGUCAUCACACCUACAUCGAGACGAUUGUACCAAUGCUGAACAGAAAGCCAUGUCCAGGCUCCAGAGCAGACCGUGCUGAUUCCAAGCAAGUUGGCAGUCGGUAUCAGAGAGAUUUCCAGAUGAAGCUGGACUUACCAGGUACCUACCUACCUAGAGGUAGGUAGUCUUGGUUACCAGUACCUUACAGUACUCACAGUACUCUACCAGAAUUGUAGAACCUGACAAUUGACAUUC